UGACACAAGAUUUUGAUGAUAGAAUUCCAGUGUAGAGUAAUCGGAGUUCUAAUUUGGUGGAAGAGAAUUUGGCAGACAAAUGCAGAAUCGGAGAGAAACGUAAGAGUUCAAUAGGCUGUUGGUGAGGGAGGGAACGGCGAAAUAGCCAUUGGUGAUGAUCUGUGCGUGGAUUCUGUACAGGGAGACGACGUCGUUGCAGCGUUGCCUGAGCAUCAAGGAAAGUGUGCGAGCGGAGUAAGGCAUGGCGGACACAAGUUCGACAAUGAGGCUCCUAAGGUUGAGACGAAUUGAAAAGAUAGGCCGGCCAUGGAAGCCUCCUCGGCAAUAUUAGAAUUGAAAGUCCCCGGAACCCUAAUUUCUGCAACGAACGCCGGCCAGCGUCUUACUUUCACAGCGGAGAUGGCUUCGAAGAGGCUAUUGAAUUAAAAAACAAACAGCAGUUAGAUGGAGGUCCGGGACCUCCGGGAGUGCCACUCCUGCAAAUCGCUCCACUCCAUUAUCCUUCACAACGUCCCUCACCGAGGCUCUUUCGUCUUCCUCUGCACCGCCUGCGUCCUCCGCCACCACACCGGCAGUUUCUGCCCUCUUUGCUUCGACUUUUACGACGACACUUCCGACCUCUCCAAUGAGUCCCGCGUCAUGUGCCUCCGCUGCCCUGCCAUAGUCCACCUCACUUGCCUCCCUUCUGCCCGCUCCUCCUCCACCUUCCGCUUCAUCUGCCCCCAGUGCUCCGAUCCUUCUUUCAAGUUCUUCGAUUUUAGGCCUGAUUCUCCCAGCUCUAAAGACACCGCCGGCAAUUCAUUCGCUAGGGAUUUGCCGAGGCAAUUGCUCUGCGCCGCCAAGAUCUCCUCUGCGUGCACGCGCCGGAUGGCGUCCGUUGCUAGAACCAAUUCGGAGAGAAGAGUUCGAGAAGCUGUGGUGGCGAGGAAACGUGCCAAGGAAGCGGUUGAAAGGGUGACUUAUUUGAUGGUCAAUCGACAUAGAGAGGAUGCCUAGGAAAAAGUGGAUAAGGAAUCAUCUGGCAAGCCACCAAUUCUUGCUUACGGAUGAGGUUGUAUCAAAGCAGUUGUAGAACGGACCAACUGAUGCAGUGUUAGGUGGUGCAGAAGAUUACGAAAUUCUUGAGAUAGCCCGGAGAAAACUCUUCAGCUUCCUUUCAAUAAUUCCUUAAAGUAAAACCAUGAUAGCUGUUCCCAUUUAUAAAGAAGAUUGUUUAAAAGGGCGAAUUAUUAUUGUGAUCCAGAUCUCUCUCACGAUGAUGAUUCUAUGUAUUUCUUUUUCUCAGAUGGCAUGAAGUUGUGUUCUCUGUCUCUUAAAUUGUAUCGGAUAUCAUGUGCUAUACUUGAAUCUAUAUAGUGACAGUUCAUUUGUUGAUGCACUCCUAUUUUCUUCCCUAUAAUUUUAUAUGUCGCUUAGAUGUUAUCAUUCUGUGCAUUUCAUUCUACAAUACAUGAUGCAAAAUGGUAAGACAAACACAAACCGAUUUCUACAGUAUUCGCUCUCUUGCAGAGGAAAAAAAAAAAUGCUUCUUUGGUUGCGAAAGUUCAUUGAUUCACUCUCCAUAUGUCUCUCCUCCUAGUUAGGAACUACGGCUUUUCUAUGAGCCGCAAUAGAAUAUUAGAACCUAAUUAGUAGUUUCUACAGAAGUUCCUAAUUUGUCAAAGUGGUUCUUGUUUUGUGCUUAAUAGUUUAGACAACAUAUGAUAAAUUGGAAGACCAACCCCGAUAACUCAAACUAGAUGAUGUGCCGGGGCUAUCCCAAGAGCAUCCUCGGCUAAAACAUUUCUAGAACCUCAAUAAUGUCUUGAAUUGGUUGUGUAUGAGUUCUUUUUAGCUAGACAGUCUACUUAUCGAUUGUUUUUCUCUUACAUAAAAGCUCAAAAC